AGAAACGAACGCGCUGUUGGAUUAAGCGGCCGGUGUCUCCGCGCGGCGAUGGUGUGAGCAGCGACCGGAGAGUCUGCAGCUCUCCUCCCAGGGACAGUCCUCUGCAGCCCCUUUUCUGAUCACGGGCCUGGCAUCUCUCAUACAUUCAUUCCUCUUUCCAUUCAUCCAUCUUACGCCCUGUCAUGAAAGGCCUAUCAAGUAGUCGGAGUCACCAUCAUGUGGUCUCCUAUGAACCAGCAUAUGAUCCACUGGGUCACCAUGUUGACCGCAAGCCAUUUUUGAUCAGUCAGAUGGACAUGCCAGUGCCCAUACCCCUGCCACAUCCAGCUGAGUUGUCCUACUACAAUGCUCAGCGUACCUCGUACCCCUCUGACAGCAACAGCAUUGUCCCAUAUGGAACCUUCCCAAGGAGGUGCCACUCCACCUCCUCAUCUCACCAUCCUGAGGUAAAGGAUGAGUGUAUGGCCAUGGUACCCUAUGUAGGAGGAGGGGGAAGAGGGGGAGGAGGUGGAGGAGGCUAUGGGGGUAAAACGCAGACUCAGGUACCAGUAAACUUUGUGGACCCGUUUGAGCAUCAGCCACCAUUUUCCAGAGAUGGCUACCACACACUGCAGUACAAACGAGGAAUACUGGCCCACAGUGGGGGGAUGGGGGCCAAUGACAACAACAAUGACAGCCCCGGGCGAAUUCGCCACCUGGUCCACUCAGUCCAGAAACUCUUCACAAAGUCACAUUCGCUGGAGGGGCCACACCACACACAGCCAUCUAAAGGGGCCAAUAAUGGGAGCGUUAAUGGUGGUGGUGGUGGCGGAGGAGGUGGUGGUGGUGGUUCAAGGGCCAGCCCAGAGGGCGUAACUCCACCAGUGGGAGUGCGUCACAGGAAGCGCAGCAAGAGCCGUGAGCGCUGUCGGUCAGCGGAGCCCAAGCAUCGAAGCCACCACCACCACCACCCCCAGCUCCACGGCUCAGCAUCUGCUCCGGGCUCUGGAUAUUGGAGCUCGGAUGACAACCUGGAACGGGAGCUGUGUCUCUACCACCCUCAUCACCACCAACCUCCACCCUCUCCGUCCCCAUCAAUUUCCCCCUCACCUAUUGCCAUGACAAUGGGCCGGUGCCCUGACAUCAACCCUGACAAGUUCCCCCAGACUCCCCUCCCGAGUCUCUCCUCCUCGCAGUCCCAGCAGUACUUUAUGAUGGACCCUCACAGCACGCUCAACGAGCACACACACUCUCAUGCACGCCAUGGCCACAUUCAUCACCACUCUGCACUCAAAGCCUCCCGGAGCAACAGCGAUGUGAAAUAUGCAGCGUCGUCAGCAUGUGUGCCAGUUAGUGUAAGCAGCAAUAACAGCGGUGGCGGUAUCGGUGGAGGAAGUGGCCCCUUGCAGCCACUGGGUCUUAUGGACGGGCCCCUUGUGAAGAAAGGGGCGUGGUCAUCAAGCCUAACGGUGAGCAGGGCCCGAGAGGUCUACACCAACAACAGCAGCCACAACCAGCUACGAGCCAGCGCAGGAUCCGGUAACCUAAACCUAGAUAGAGCUCUAGUCAAAUCUAAGGGCAGUCAGCUGCAGGACCGCUCUUGCCAUUUCUUACAGGUACCUCAGGAUGAGUGGAGCGGCUUCUCUCCGCUGGGGAAGGAGGAUGACAUCCCCUGUCGAAGGAUGAGGAGCGGCAGCUACGUCAAAGCAAUGGCCGAAGACGACAGCGGAGACUCUGACGGGAGUCCAAAACCCUCGCCCAAGAUCCAGGCACGUCGGGCCAGCUACCUGAAAGCCACUCAGCCAUCUCUGACUGAGAUGACCACUUUACAGAUUUCCACGGAGCACUCCCCCAAACUGCAGAUCAGGAGCCACAGUUACCUCCGUGCGGUGAGUGAGGUUUCAAUCAAUAGAAGCCUGGAUACCCUGGACCCCAAAACCCUGCUCGACCCCAAAUCGCUGCUGUCCUCACCCCAAUACCGCUCACGCAAUGAAAGCUACAUGAGAGCCAUGAGCACCAUCAGUCAGCAGCUCAGUGAGGUGGAGGUGAACGGCCAGAUUGAGCAGGUGUGUGAGCAGGUCUACAGCGAGAUGCAGUCUCAGGCCAUGGAGGCUGCCAUGGACAGUCUGGAGACCAUGGAGACCCUGCCCAUGCCGGGAUGUUUCCGGAUGCGAAGCCACAGCUACGUGAGAGCCAUUGAUCAGGGAUGUGCCGGUGAGGAGGAGGGUGAAGGGGGUAGGCCGCUGCUUCUGCUGCCAUCCUCGCCACCACGCACGUCCGCCACCACAGUCAGGACCAUCCAAAGCAGCACGGUUUCAUCCUGCAUCACCACCUAUAAGAAAACUCCUCCACCAGUGCCACCCCGAACCUCCACCUGCUCUUCAGCCUCCAAGCCAUACAUCUCCAUCACAGCACAGAGCAGCACUGAAUCUGCGCAGGAUGCAUACAUGGAAGAGGAAGGACCCAGAGGUGACAUGACCAUCCAGUCAGGGCUGAGUAAUUCAACAGAAAGCAUCGACAGCAUGAAGGCCCUCACAGCUGCUAUAGAAGCUGCUAAUGCUCAGAUCCACGGACCAGCCAGUCAGCAUGUCAGUAACAGCACCAUCACGGUCAGCACCCCCAACUCCUCAGUCCUGAGCAGGGGGACGGUUGUGGAAGACCGCCGGGAUGAAUACAGGAAAGAAGCAUUCAGGAAGGGCAAAUGUCUCUCCAUAGGCAUCCAGGUGGAUGGACCAGAGGAGUUCCCAGAUCCAGAGGACCCAUCCAAGUUCACCUCUGUAGGGGUGCAAGUGGAGGAUGACAGAGGAUAUCGACGGUUCCAGCGCUCCAACAGUGUGACAGCAGCCGUUCAGGCAGAUCUGGACCUCCCAGACCUUCUUGACACGCCUCUAGAGUCCACAAACCCUCGCAUUGAAGUCAUGUCACCUGUUGCCAUUGCUCGACAAUAUUCCCGUGAUGCCGCCACCUCCACUGUCAGCAUUCAGGGCUCAGGGAACCACUAUCAUGCCUGUGCCUCUGAUGACUAUGAGGAUGUUGGCUUCGACCCAUCCAUCCUCCCCCCUCCAGACCCGUGGAUAGACAGUGUAACUGAUGACCCACUUGAUGCCAAUUUCAACAGCUCUGCUAUCCUGGAGGUGGUGCAGAGAUCCGUCUGUCAGAGAGAUGGACGCUGGUUCCUGAAGCUGCUGCAGGCCGAGACCGACCGCAUGGAGGGCUGGUGCCGGCAGAUGGAGCUGGACCAGCAAGAGAACGACCUGCCUGACGAAAUCCUGGGAAAGAUGAGGAGCGCCAUGGGAAGUGCAGAACUCCUGAUGUCGCAGAAGUUUCAACAGUUCAGAGAGCUGUGUGAGGAGAACCUGAACCCCAACACACACCCUCGCCCCGUGGCCUCAGACCUGGCUGGGUUUUGGGACAUGCUUCAGCUGUCUAUUGAGAAUAUAAGUCUCAAAUUUGAUGAGCUCCACCAGCUCAGGGCCAACAACUGGAGACCCCUUGAUCUCCCUGAAAGAAAGGAGAGGCGACUCCCACCCCCAGUGCCAAAAAAGCCCCACAAAGGCCCCCCCCAUCACCCACCUCUGGCCAGAGACCGCUCACUAGAGAGCUCAGAGAAGCAGCGGCAGGAAGCACGGAAACGCCUGAUGGCGGCCAAGAGAGCGGCGUCCGUACGGCAGAACUCAGCCACGGAAAGCGCCGACAGCAUCGAGAUCUACAUCCCCGAGGCUCAGACCAGGUUAUGAGGACACUGAUGGGACCGCACACCUGCAAACACCCUGCACAACACAUGCGUGGUUGUCCACACUGAGCUAUGAAGAUAUUUCUGUUUAGACAAAAAGUUCAAUUCAAUUUUAUUUAUACAGUUCCAGUUUACAGAACAAAGUCAUCUCAAAUCCAUGACAAGUCCAUCAUAAGAUCCACAUAAAUCCAAUUUAUGAUAACUGUGUUCAUAUCAACCAAUUCAUACAAACCUAUCUGAGGAAACCAGUGGGACCAGAACCAGGAAGGACAACCUCCAUCAGAACCAGAACCAGGAAGGA